GAAACACUGACUGCGAGGUCUGUGCCAGUAUCGCAGUCAGCUCUGCUAUCUCCAUUAAAGACACUGGAAAUGUGCUGACAAAUCCCUGGCUGUAACAUCCACCAUGACCUAUUGCCAGAGGGCACAGUGAUUGAGACCUGGUUUCUGUCAUGGAUGCAAAUAUGAUUCCAAAAUUUGUUUCCAAAGAAGAGGAAAUUGAUUUCUGGAAGGGUCUUUCAUUCAAGUACAAGAAAAGUUAUAACGAAGCACAGGAAGAGUUGCUGGAGUUCCAAGAGGGGAGCAGAGAGCUGGAGACAGAGCUGGAAACGCAGCUGGGUCAAGCGGAGCAUCGAAUCAGAGAUCUGCAGGUGGACAAUGAGAGACUGCACCACGAGCUUGACUCACUCAAGGAUAAGUUGGAGCAGCAGUAUUCUCAGAGCUAUAAGCAGAUCUCCAUGCUGGAGGAUGACCUCAGCCAGACUCGAGGCAUCAAGGAGCAGCUGCAUAAAUAUGUCAGAGAGCUAGAGCAGGCCAAUGAUGACCUGGAGAGAGCUAAGAGAGCUACAAUUACGUCUCUGGAGGACUUUGAACAGAGACUAAACCAGGCCAUAGAGAGGAAUGCCUUUCUGGAGAGUGAACUGGAUGAGAAGGAGUCUCUCUUGGUGUCUGUGCAGAGACUAAAAGAUGAGGCCAGAGACUUGCGGCAAGAGCUUGCAGUGCGAGAGAGGCAGCCAGAUUUGAUGAGAAUGUCUGUGCCUAGCUCUCCUACUCCAGACAAUGACAAAACAGACUCAGUUGUCCAGGCCUCACUGUCCCUACCUGCUACACCUCUCAGCAAGAACCUGGACAAUGCUUUUACCAGCCAGACAGUUCUGGCCAACAGUUGCACUAAUGCAGCCCUCACUCCAUCUGCUAGAAUAUCAGCCCUCAAUAUCGUAGGUGAUUUACUGCGCAAAGUUGGGGCUUUAGAGUCUAAACUUGCAGCCUGUAGAAAUUUUGCCAGGGACCAGGCAGCCAGGAAGAACUAUGUCACAAAUGUCAACGGCAAUCUGAUUAAUGGAGAGCUUACAAAUUACUCUCACUCGCUUCACACGUCCUACUUCGACAAAGCAAGAGAGAGGGUCAUUUUCCCUGCGUUGCUCUUGGGUGGCAACAAGAGAAGGCAAAGCAAUGUGCUGCUUCUAGGAGUCAUCAAAUUACCUUUGUACUGAUGGACAGGAGAGUGUUUGUUUCUGGUGUGUCUCUGGGGGCAGUAUUGAGUGGUCUCUGAAACGGGCUCUUUUAGGCCUCUGCCUGAGAAAAUAUUAAGUUGCAGUGCAGUUUGUUUUGCAAGUUUAUCUACACCAUAUCACUCUAACCUACUCAGGUGUGAGCUUUGCAACACGUUUUACUGUUGAUUUGGUUUCAGGAAACCUUUGUAAAUCUUUUCUAUUUAAGAGCUCCUUUUUAGCCAUUAAUAUGUAAAUGCUGUCUGAUUUAUUUAGUCUGUGUGGACUGAAAAAUAUAAACUGGAGCGAAUGCUAACAGUAGCAUGACUGAAAAUAUUGAAUGGCCUUUAGGGCCUGAUAGUAGUACUGUUGAAAUGGCUUGCAUUGUAGUGCUAAUGGCUCACAUACCUUUUAUUAAGCUUCUAACCAGAGCCUCAUGUUUCUCUGAGCACAGCAGGACAGUGAAUGGAAUAAACUCUGGCAUGAUGGCGAACAUCUCAGCUGCACAACUAUCUAGCUCUCCGUCAGGCCUGGUGCUGAGCGUGUGAUCACGGACCCUUCACACUUAAAGGAAUAGUUCACAUAAACAGGAAAUUUGUCAUAAUUUACUCACCCCCAUGACUUUCUUUCCUCCAUGGAACACACAAAUAGGUUUUAGUAUAAUGUUAGUGUAAGUCAUCAUUCACUUUCAUUGUAUAAUUUUUCCUUAAAAUGGAAGUGAAUGGUGACUGAGGGCAUUCUGUCUAAUAUCUCCUUUUAUAUUCCAUAGAGAAAGUCAUUGGGAUUUGUAAAAACAUGAGCUUAAGCAAAUAAGGAAUUUUCAUUUUUUAGGUGAACUAUCCCUUUAAAAAUGCACUCAAACCCACACAAAGACCUCAUUUUACAUACACGUAGGUAACCACUAUACAGCAAUAUAACAAUUUCUUUUAAGACACUAUUGAAUCUGUCCUUCUGUUUGUUGCUCUGUUUUAAAUUCUUACUGAAGUUCUUGUUAAUAGUCCUGAAAUAUGUGUAUAUAUCCAUUAAAUACAUUUAUGGUUAAUGUUUAUUUAGAUGUGAGCUUAUAUGUACAUAUUAAUUGAGUUCUCUCCAAAAUUGUAUUUAUUGCUCUAUUGUUUUGUGAAAUAUGAUUAACAAAGGGAAUUCACACUUAUUAUUUGUUUUGCAACACAUAGUAUGUGUUUGGUUAUAAGGAAGACAUGAUAUUUAAGGUGAAGAUUUGACAAUUACUAUCUACAGUAGACUUAUAUGUGCACUUAAACAGUAUGUCAUUGAAACUGGUUUCAGUUUUAUCAGUUGGAUUGUUUAUUAUUUAAUAAGUGCUAAUGUGUAUCUCACAUGGGUGAAGGGUGUCCCCUAAACCAUGUGGCCUAAUAUAAGUGUGAAAAGUCUUGAGAUUCAGGUAGAUUUGCAUUUUGAACUUUGUCUUGGUGAUGUUGACAAUCGAUUGAUGUAGUAAAAUGGUUGGUUUCCCAGCAUUAUAGUAUUUGUUGAAAUAUCCACACCUACAUUUUUCACCGAUUUCUUGCCAAUAACAAAUGUCUUUCAGUUUGGUUUGAACAGUGCAAUUUGUCACAUAGGCACUUUUUGUUACUUUUUUGUGCUGGAAUAAAUGGUAGUUUUCUUAUUGCAACAAAGAUAGUAAUGAUAACCAUAGACAGUAAAGGUGUUACCACUAAAAAUUUUAUGUUGUUGAAAGGCUUUAACGCCACUGUACAGUAUAAUACAUUUGAAUUUAUCCAGACAUUUGUGAACCUCCAAGAGGACCUAAACUUAACAGCUGGUAAUUAUUUUUAUUAGGUCUGCUAUUCUUCACCUCCCUUUUGAUUGAUUGAUACUGACAAUGAUUGACGGAUUAAACAACCUGUAGAUUGUACUAUAGAACAUUUCAAGGAAUCGUUCACUCCAAAAAAUGUCAUUCUCUCACCAUUUACUCACCCUUGUGACAUACCGGAUGUGUAUGACUUUCUUUCUUCUGCAGAACUUUCAUGUUUCAUGCAGAAUAUUUCAGCUCUUCAAGUUCAUACAAAGCAAGUGAAUGGUGAUCAGACCUUUGUAGUGCCAAAAAUCACAUAGGUCAGCAUAAAAGUAAUCCAUACAACUCCAGUGGCUAAAUCUGUAUCUUCAGAAGCGAUUUGAUAGUUGUGGGUGAGAAACAGAUCUUAGUCAAUUUUUACCAUAAAUUCUCCCUGCUCGGUCAAUCUCUACUUUCACAAUCUUCUUGUGUUUUUGGUGAUUCAUAAUUUUCAUGCAUAUGGCCACCUAUUGGGCAGGGAGGAGAAUUUCUAGCUAAAUGGAUUUAAACAUUGAUUUGUUUCUCACCCACACAUAUAUCACUUCUGAAGAUAUUGAUUUAACUACUGGAGUCUUAAGUAUAACUUUUAUGCUGUCUUUAUAUGCUUUUUGGAUCAUAACAAUUUGGCACCCAUUCAAUUGCCUUGUUUGGACCUACAAACCUGAAAUAUUAUUCUAAAAAUCUUAAUUCAUGUUCUAUGGAAGAAAGUCAUACACAUCUGGGAUGAUAUGAGUAAAUUAUGAGAGAAUAUUUAUUUUUGGGUGAACUACUCCUUUAAACUAUACUUUGCAAUACCUUGACAAAUUGAUGCAGGCACCAUGUUGUCAGUGGCAGGAAUGAGUAACAGCACUGUUUGGCCCCAAAAGUGCUUAUUUUAACAAUUUACAUUUAUGUGAAACAUAAUCCUCUUAAGGAGCAAAUCAAACUUUUACAAUUAAUGAUGAUCUAAGUAACCUACAUUUUACUCACUUUCUUUAUCGCCUAUAGACUUUCCAUGCAACUUCUAUUCCAAUUUAGCAAUAACAGAACAGUCACAGUUUUAUAACACUCAAAAACUUGUUGGCAAAAAAUGUCCCAUGUUUGCUGCUUCAGCAUUGGUUUGUUGCAGGUGUCCAUUCAAUCUCAGCUUCCCCCAGCACUUUUCUUCUCUGCAAGAUCAUCUAUUUGUCUCUGCCUCCUCUCCAGCACCUCCAUCCGUUUGGCCUCAUUACGGAUCCUCUCCUGAUCCCUGAGAUCUGACAGGUCGUCCAUGAACAAAUGCCU